AUGGGUGCCCUUCAGCCAACUUCUGAUCCUAUACCCUCCACUCAGACUGUAGCUCUGGUAUCCGAGCUGGGUGGUGAUGUCGAGUUUCGUGAGGGAUAUCCUGUUCCUACUCCUGGGGAGAAUGAAGUUCUGGCGAAGGUUUUGUAUACUGGCGUUUGCCAAAGUGACCUCCAUACAAAGAACGGUACUGCAGCUGGUCCAUCUGGUGACCCUAUAACCCAGAUUAAACUUCCCCAUGUCGGCGGCCACGAAGGGGUUGGCCGUAUUGUGGCACUCGGGCCCGGAUGUGGUUCUGAUUUAAAGGUAGGAGGUCUUGUGGGAAUCCGGUUCUCGAGCCGGAUCUGUCGACGCUGUGAGUUCUGCCUCGCCGGGACGGAACAGUAUUGUGUCAAGAGUACAAAUCAUUUGCACCACGAGGAUGGUAGCUUCCAGGAGUUCAUUGCACUUGACGCGGAUUAUUUGACGAUCUUACCGGAUGAUAUUGAUCCGGUGGUCAUUGGGCCUGUUUUGUGUGCCGGUGUCACUGCCUAUAAGGCGGUACUAAAUGCUAAUAUCAGGGCGGGACAAUGGCUGGUCGUUGUUGGUGCUGGAGGUGGCCUUGGGCAUUUGGCUGUUCAAUACGCAAAAGCUCAAGGAGCAUUGGUCAUUGGUGUUGAUUCCGCGGACAAACGCGACUUUGUCCUUCGCCUCGGGGUUACUGACUUUAUUGACUUUACCUCGACCGACCCCGUCCAGCGCGUUCAUGAAGCCACCGGGCUUGGGGCGCACGCAGUCGUAGUUACAGCUGGAAGCGCAAAGGCUUUUGCUCACGCCUGCGAUAUGCUACGUGUCGGUGGAACGCUGAGCUGUGUUGGCAUUCCUCCAGGCCGACCGGUGCUGGAGACACCGAUCUGCACUAUCGUGAUCAAGGGACUUAAGAUUACCGGAAAUCUUGUAGGGUCACUGAAGGAAUGUAUGGAGGCUGUCGAUCUCGUUCGCCGUGGUGUGGUGAAACCAGAGAUCAAAGUCCGCAAAUUUAAAGAGUUGCCUCAGGUAUAUGAGGAGAUGGAAAAGGGUGAUAUUGCAGGAAGAAUCGUGCUACAAAUGUCGGAGUAG